AUGAAGCAAACAGUGAAAGUUGCAAAGUUUCGGUCAGUCAUUCCCAUUUCAGGAUCCGAUUUUGUGCGUGAGGUAUCACAAGAUCCAUCUGAUGUGUUGGUGGUUGUUAUUCCAUACAAAUAUGGGUACCCAGAGUGUGGAGUUCUAAUGCAGUGUGUGGAAGAAUUGGAAACAAUGUAUUCAGCUACCAAAUUUGUCAAGAUUAUAUCAACUCAUUGCAUUCCUAAUUAUCCAGAUUGUAAUAUUCCCACUGUGUUGGUGUACAAUAAUGGUGCAGUGAAGUCAAAUUAUGUUGGAUUGCAUACUUUUGGUAGGAGAUGCAAUCCAGAAGGUGUUGCUAUUAUUUUAUGCCAAUCAGAUCCUGUUCUUAAUGAUGGACUCAAUGGUGAAGCUUCUAGAGAAGCUGUUCUUGAAGGAGUGAGGAAAAUGUUUAUAGAGACGCACUCCAGAAGCCUUGCAAAGGAAUAUUGCUUUUUGGGCCUCUUGGGAAAACACUUGUUGCCAAAGCACUUGCAAAUGAAGCAGGAGCUAACUUUAUCAGCAUAA